UAGAUUUCAACCGCAAAAAAAUUAAAGAACAAUCUAAAAUCCGGCCAGUUUUAAUAUUGAGUAAUAAUUGGCAGAACCAAUAUAAUGAUUAUUCAGUAGUAGCCCCUUUAACUAGUGAAGAAGAGGAGUUGCAACACAUUGAAGUUUUUGAAGUGCUAAUUGAAGCCAAUAAAGAAAAUGGUCUAGAUAAAAAGAGUAAGAUAUUACUCCAUCGCUUAUUAGCCAUUGAUAAAGAAGAAAGAUUAAUUAAAAAAUUAGGCCAAGUAGAUAGUAAAAUUUGA